UGAGGAGCAUGAUGUAACAAAAAAAAAUGAAGCGUGAAAAUAAUGAUUUUUUUCCAAUUUUUCUGGUGAAAUUGGCUCACGGAGAUUAAUAUGAAUACCAUUUUAAUCAAAACAACUAUCUGUAUAAAAAAAUCCCAUUUAUCUAACGUUAAAAUUUAGGAAAUCCCUUUCAAACAUAACGAAAAACGAAAUCCCCGCCCACGGUUGAAUGACAGGACAGGCAUUCUCUUCUCAUGUUGAUGAUUAAACAUUUUUGGAAUUUCGCGAAAAAGGAAAUCUGCUACUAAAAAUUUGUCAGUUACAGAAAAAAGUAGUCGAAAAAUCAUCAAAAGUUUUAACAUUCAAGUGCCCAUUUGUCAAAAUAUCUAAAGUUGGUCUCUGAAGACAGCAUCCGUCACCAAUCUCAUGGCGCCCCUGUCAUGGCUUCUCGGGCCACUGGGCCAUCAUUACUAAGGCUGGACUCUGGAGUGGAGCGUCAUUUUGUUUUUAACCUUUCAGCAGGCAAGAACUUCAUCGAAUUAGUGAAAUGUAUUGUGAAAACCUGUGGAUGUUUUUGUUUGAAGUUAGAGACGGUUAAUUGAAUUUACAGUGCAUAAGCAGGUGUCCGAAUUCGGCAUGGAUUGUGGUUUGGUAAAUGGCGUAGACAAUGCACGUCUGUGCAACGGAUCAGUAGCCUCCUUAGUUGCGAAGUUUCUCGAUGAGCCUGUGUCAAAAUCAAAUGAAGGCAAAAUUUCCUGUGAUUUGGUGAAAAAAGUCAAUGGUGAAUGUACUCAGGAUUAUGACAAUCCAUUUUGUGAUGAAAAUUCCAAUAGUUCUCAAAGUGAUGCUUUAGUUAUUGAUGAAACUGUUCCUAAGAAAAAAAUUAGAGGCAAAUCUAAAAGGAAGUCAUUAAAAAUCCAAAAUAAUGAUGUUUCGAUUUCCUCAAAUAUACCCGUCAAUGACAAAUUAAUUGCUGAUAAUAGUGGAAAGACUAGUGAUAAUAAUGAAAAUGCUAUUGUUAAUGGUGACAUAUUGCAACCAAACAGUUUUAAUGAAAGCACAGAGACAGGUGAUAAUGUUGGUGAAGUAUCGGAACAGAGAACUAGUCUAACUCCCCCCCUUCCUUGUGAUGUACCUAGUUUAGAUGAUAGUAAAGUUAGUCCGAAUUUUUUUCACUCAAACCCCUUUUUCAAUGAGUCUCUAUUUGAACUAUCACAAUUACAUCAAACAAAUAAUGUAACAAAAUAUUCACAACCAAGUCCCCUAUCAAGAAUAAAAUCAAAACCCAAAACGACAUUUUUAAAAGAAUCUUAUGGGCAAUAUUUAGGCUUACAGCCAGCAGUACAAUUCAAAUGUCCCAAAUGUGGAGAAUCCGGAUUUGAAUCAUGGAUGACCCUUCAAGAACAUUUUUCGCAGUGCAACGCAAUUCAGACUCGCCAAAAAUCUAUUGAAAAUGUCAAUGUUUCUAGAUUUAAAUUGACCAGGAAAGUUUAUCUGUGUUCAGGAUGUGGUACAUAUUACGAAAAUUGGAAUUUAUAUGUGCACAUGUUAGAAUACCACAAAAGAUAUAUUUGCUUGUAUUGUUUGGGAAUGUUUUCAGCUCUAAAUGAUCUAUGUAAACAUAUCCAAUCACGUCACAAUUUGGAGCCUGGCAUUAAAAACAGUUUGCAAGAAUUUUUCGAGGCUCACACUGAACCUUGUUAUAUAGCUUGUUGUGAGUGCAAUCAACAAUUUAAUGAAAGUGAUAAUUUCAUUUAUCAUAAUUGUACACGUAAUUCUAUUUUUAAAUCUACUAGCAAAAAAUCCACCACCAAGCAUAUCAAAAAUAUAAUUGCACCUAGUCUUCACGUAACAGGAGAUUCUGUAGUUGCUUCUUGUGAUGCAACUCUAGUAGGAGAUGAUAAAGAAGCAAUAAAGUCUGAUCUCGAUGGAAAAAAAGAUUCUACAGUAAAGCAAAAUCAUAAUGUGGCGAAUAAUUUGAGCAACAAGAUCCCAUCGGAUGAUGUUAUUAAUAAUCAAAAUAAUAAUAUAGACAAAAAGAAAAUUGUAGAAAUCAAUAGUAAUGAUAGCCAUAUUGAUCUUACUCCGGAAAAUAGGUGGAAGGAUACGUCAGGACAUCAAUUUAAUCAUGUUGCAGAAAAUCACUUCAAUAAUGUUAGUGGGGAGCAGGACCAUAAUUGUAAAUCUCGUAAAUCUGAUCAAGAUUCAGUGUUUUCUUCAAAUUUUUCUGGCAACAAUCUGGAAGGAGAAACGGGUUACAGAAUGGAUGAUUUUGAAGAGAAUGUAUCUGGUGAACAAGAAGAUCGGGGAUCAAGAGAGAAACAAAAAGAAAGUGAUUUUCGGGAAAAUUUAUCUGGGGAAGAUACGCGACCAGAAAUUGAGCCUGUUGACACUCGAAAAGUGCCAAAACUAUCUUUGAAACUUCCAAAACCGGGUUCAUAUCCGUUGCCAGAUCCUGAAGAUAGUGAUGAUAUGUAUUUGGAUAUCGAUAAUGUUGAAAGCGACAACGAGCAUGAUAGGACUGGAAGUGAUCCAGGAGAAGAACUUGAUGUGAGUGGAGACAACAAGGAUCAACCACAAGAAUCUGUCCUAGAAGAAAAUGAAACCAUACCAAAAAGUCCACAACAUCUUGUGGCAGGUCCAGAUAUUUCGGUCACUAAAAUUGAAUUAGAUCAGCCUUUAGAUAAAAUGGAUAUAAGAAUCCUAUUACAAAAAUGUCUUACAGCUACCUCUCUCACAUGUAUUUAUUGCAAUCACUCACGUAGAAUAGCCGUUAAUGGACGUCAACUAGCUUUGCAUGCGAUGGCUGAACAUCGUUAUUCAGCUAUAAACAAAAGUAUUACAGAAGAAGAACUUAUGCCAGAAAAUUUCAAUAUGCGACUUAAAGAUUGCCUAGAAGAGGUAGAGAGUGUAUUUUUCAAUUUGGCUUCUGGGGCUUCAAACGAAGCAGUGACUUUUUCGCACGUAUUCGAAUGUUUUCAGUGCCAUUUCACUACAUCAAUACAUAAGGAACUUUAUGCCCACAAUAGAAAGUUCCAUUCCAAAAGUUUGUUAUUGUGCAUAAUGUGUAAAUCCAGUUUUUACAGUUAUUGUGAACUAAUUUGUCAUUUAUGCCCAGGCGUAUAUGUAGAACAAGACUUACAUUUCCGAUGCUGUUUGUGCAUAAGCGACGAUUUUCCUUCUUCAUUUAGACUAAUGGUUCAUUUACGAAAAAGACACAACGCCUGUGAUGUUUGUUUGGAAAUGUGCCACAAUCAGUAUAAACUCUCCAAUCAUGUUUGGAAGCAUAAAUUAAAUCAUUUUUGCUAUAGAUGUGGAAUUGCUUAUAGAAACAAGGCUGAUAUCACCAGGCAUUUGUUCUGGAAACAUGGAACUGAAAGUGUGCUUUGUAAACGAUGUUUGCAGAAAAAGUGGUCCCAUGUAUAUCACUUUUGUAUGCCACCUGCAAGUUUUACUUGUGAAGAAUGUAAUUUGGUUUUUAUCAAGGCUGUGUCAUUAAAAGUUCAUAAAAGAUUACAUACUGACGAAAAGAAGCAUGCUUGCACUUGGGAAGAUUGUUCAGAAAUGUUUAUAUCAACACCAUUAAUGCUUAAACACUUGAAACGGCAUACAGAUCCUCCUGAAGAAAUUGUUGUGGAGGAAGAAGUGAAGGAUCACGCAGAAAAUAUUAAAGUUGAAGAAUCCAUGGAGAAAAUAGAGUCUGACGAAGUUGUUGAGGGAGAACUGCCAAAACCUGUUAAGCCUAAAGUAGAUGUUUAUGAUCUUCCCGAAUUGAAUUUAUCUGAGAGUGACUCUAGUGAUGCUGAGAGUGAAGCCAAUCCAGAAGAAAGUAAUACUAGUCAAACUACUUCAGAAAGUAAUAAUAGUCAAACUACUACAGAAAAUAUCACUGAACCCCCAUUAGAAGAGGAAAGCUUAUUGGCAUUGUCCGAACAUAUUUUAUUUAAUGGACAUCCUACUACCAAAGAUGCUCUGCUUGAAAUACCAGAACCUGUACAGCCUCCACUAGAUGAUACACCGUCCUCAGUAAUGCAAGACAUUUGGGAUAAUUUUAAAAAUUAUCAAGCCCAUAAAGAAAAACUGGAUAAUAUGCUCAUUGGAGAUGUAGACUUGAAAGUUGACCAACCCUACAUUCCUGAUAUUCCAAUACCUAAAUUGGAAGUAGAAGUAGAAGAAGUUAUUGGCGCCGAUGAAGCAUUGUUAGACCAUGAUUAUUGUAGGAAUGCUGAAGAAGCUCCAACAGCAGACUCAAUUCUGGAAGUUAUGCCUGCCUUGGAAGCAAAAGAAAGUACCGAACACAACUAUUGCUACCAAAAUGAAAAUGCAAAAGCUGAGGGCACGACAGCAUCAUCUGUUAUUCCUUCAGGAACAAGUUUCCCUGUGGAAGAUACAAUAAAACCUAGUUCUCCUAUCAAAAGAAGUUUAUCCAGCUCUUCUAGUAGCGAUAGUGAUUCCAGUUGUGCUUGCGGAUCUAGUUGCUCCUGCUCAGACAGUAGCUCAGACAAUUCAAGUUCAAGUUCAGACAGUUCGAAUUCUGAUAGUUCGAGCGCAGAAGGAAGAAAAAAACAACAGCAAAGGCGUCUCAAGCGAAGAGAAAAAAAUAAAGCUCUGAAAAAGGUAAAAAAAGAAUCACCUGCGGAUACAGACAUAAAAUUGGAUAUUUUACCACCAAAUCCAUCUACGGUACCAUUUGAGGCGCCAAUUCAUGAAAGUGACUUAGAGACAACCGAAACUGAUACAGAUGAAGAAUUUUAUGACAGAGAACCACAUAAAAUGGCGAAAAAAUUUUUAGAAGAGAAACGUGCUCAACUAUUAGCAGAAGCUGGACCUAACGUGGUGCCAAACGGAUCGUUUAUUGAGAGCACGAGUAGACCUCCUACUCCACCAGCUGGAAGCCUCCUGGAAGAAAAACAACCUAAAAAGAAAAAGAAGAAACGCAAGAAACGAAAAAGCGAGAAAAAACCGCCUGAGAGAGAACCAACCUUUUCAUUCAUGGAAGAGACCGAGGUUCCUGUACCGCCUCCAUCUAUACCAUACUAUCAACAAUUCCAUCAAACAGGAAAUAUAUUGCCUACUGUAGAACCCGUAAGUUUAUCAGUAACCGGGAAUUCACCUGUUACGCCUCAAAUGUCAUCCCAGACAAGAGAAUCUCUAAGUUAUACUAAUCAAGAAUCCACUACAUCCGAUAGUAGUAUUCGCGCUUCCAAACGUAGGAGAGUGCCAAAUAAAUUUUAUGGAUAUUCUAGUGAUGAGGAAGGAGGCAAAGGUCCUAGUGCGAAAAGAAUUAGAGUAGAAAAUAAUCGAACAAUCCCAGCACCACCUUCGCCCAUGUUGGUUCCACCAAUAACCAUCAAGAAUGUACCACCUCGGUUGCCCGCACAAAAGCGUUUUCCAUUGGUAAAACCUAUUAAAUUGAAAUUACCAAAGCUAGAUACGUCAAUAAAUCAUGGGAAGUUUAGUCAUGGGAAGCGUCAAAGGCCCGUUCCAAUGGUAGCGCCAAUUCGUUUACCGAACCCUAAUAAAUUCAUUCCUCAACCAAACGACGAUAGUUCAACUGAAUCUUAUGAUUCUGAUUUGGGCGACGUACCUUCACAACCCCCAAGAAUACUUACAGAACCACCUCGAGAACCACCUAGACUGCCGAAGCCUCAACUAUAUUGUUAUUGUAAAUGUCCUUAUGAUGAGGUAUCGGAGAUGAUAGGAUGUGAUUCAAGUGAUUGCCAAAUUGAAUGGUUUCACUUUGAAUGUGUGUCAAUUAUGGUACCACCCAAAGGACAGUGGUUUUGCCCGGAUUGCAGAAAAAAGAAGCAGCAACACAACACAUAUAAUAAUUCACUAUAACACGGUAAUCUUUUAGUUUUUUUUCUUCGACUUCUUUUCUUUUUGAAAACUCACACAUAGAAUUGUUAAAUAUUAAUAUUGUAAUUUAAGCGUACAUAAGAGGCAAAAUUUUCCAAAAUUCGUACUUAAGUCAUACUAAAUUCUUAUGUAUAGGUAGUUUCUUAUUUUUGUAAGAAUUUUAAAAUUUUACAUGUGUUUGUUUUAUUAUUGUUGUUAACAAUUUUAAUAUCAAAUAAGUCUAAACAUAAGUAUUUAUAAAAACACUAGAAGCUGUAAUAAUAUUUUUGUUUAAAUUGUUGAUUUAUUUAUUUAUUUUAUUUUUUUCAAGUAGUAUAUGUAUGUAUAUAAUUGGAGGCAUAAUAAUUAUAUUUGUCCAUAUGACAGGAAUCGGAUAGGGUGAUAAACGUAAUUGUUUGGUUUAGGUACUACUUGAAGCAGAAUUUCAUUUUAAUUUAUUAUUUUAAGAUAAAUGUUUCGAAAACAAUAAUUGGUAAAAAACAUUCGCUCAAUUAUUUAUUUUAUAAUCUUUAAGUUGAAAACACAAAUAACAAACGUUAUUUUUCAAAAUACAAUGGUAUUUAUUCAUGAGCUUUAUGACUACCUAUAUCUAGCUAAAGAAAAAUUACAACAGUAAAACCCAGAAAAACACUAUACCAGCCAAAUCAAUCAAUAUAAACUUGAUGUCAAAACAAAAACUGUUGACAAACAGAAGAGUGUUUCAUAUUGGCCCUAGAAACAAAAAUCUUACUAAAUUUGAAAAAUAAAUUAUACUAUAGACUUUUAUAAGAGAAAAUGGAGGGGCUACUGUAAAUAUAGCUACUUCAUUGAGAGAUCACAAAGUGCCACCAACAAAAUUGAAAUCUCUGGAAAGAACGGCAAAUACAAUGAUGUCAGGAUCCAUUUAGGAUGAUUUUGAAUAAUAAUCGUAUUUUUUUUUUUUUUUUUUUUUCGAAACAUUCAAUUUGUAUUAAUGCGAAUCACAAACUCGUUAAAUGGAAUGUUUAAAGGGGGUGUGCGCCAAAAAAAACAACUUCACCUCAAAAAAAAAAUCUAAGAAUAACAGUGAAAACCGCAUUCCUCUAUGACAAUUGACGGCUUUAUGAAGAUACCGCGUCUCACCUUAUGACGUCACGAGAGCUCAAGCGCUGCACGAGAUAGUGAAGUGUAUUGAAUUUACAUAUUUUUUUCCUGUGCCACCUGCAAUCAUCUAAACAAAAGCUACUGACGCAUGCCGGGAACAACCAAAUGGAGAGCUGGGAGUAACGACAAAAAAAAGUUACUUUACUUUAACGAGUUACUGAAAGUAACGCGUUACUUGGUAAUUUCGUUACUUUUCAGAUUGAUUGAUAAGUAACUGUAACGAAGUUACUUUCCUGAAGUAACGCUGUAAGUAACGCGUUACUAGUUACUAUGAAAGUAGCUCGUUCUCUCAAUUUGUUUAUCUUCUUUACAAAUAAUUGACGAGUGAGGAAAAGGAAAAUAAGUAAUCCAAAAACUUUGUACAUCAAAUAAAAUGUUGGUAGUACAGAAAAUUUCUUUUGAAAGCUCAAAAUAAUCGUUUUUGGGCGUACCACGCGCCGCCUCUGCUCUAAGGACACUAUAGGGGUUUUCGAGCGCUUGACCGGUAAAUACCAUUUACUGUGGGUAUUUACCAAUUUAAUUUAAGCGGUUCGAUAAUUCGUGGUCAUGACCUAAAAAUGGCUAAAAACGAGCCCUUGGUCUUCGUUGUGACGUUAUUCUUCGACAUUGACAAGCAGCGGUAUUUACCAGUAUUUACACAACUUUCGACCUGUUUUUCACCUACCACCAUUUCUGUUAUUCUGUUGAUUACAAUUGACUUACAUUUGAAAAAAUUAAUGGUGAACGUUUCUUUUUCUUUUUUGUUUAUUUUGUUAUUUGCAAUUUGCAUUUGCGGUUGUGUUAGUCCAGUGGUCCAGUCCCAGUUUAAGUAUUUUAAAUUUGUAAUUUAAAUAAUCAUCAUGGAUAGAAGAGAAAGGUUCCAAAUCCUCUUGAACUAUGGGGGAAAAGAUAUUCAACGUCGACGAUAUGGAUACAGCCCAAGGAUCACUAAAUGCAUAUUCAUCUUUGAAAGAAACGAGCGAACCAGAAAAUAGAAAAUUAAUUGGAAAAUAAUAAAAAUAUAAUUGUUUGGUUAGAGCUUAAAAUGUAAACAAAUACAGGGGGAUUAAGGGGAAGGGAGAAGCAGACAAAUUUGACAAAUCAAAACCAAAAUGAUAACCAACUAAUUUCAAGCGUUCUGGAAGUGCUUUGACCAUAAACUGUCAAACAAACGUCAAAAAAGUGUGACCCAGGACAACCAAGGGCAUGACUGCGGUAUUUACCGGUCAAGCGCUCGAAAACCCCUUAUAUGCAGACACUGGGACACUUCAAAGAGCAGGUUUGUCCAAAAUCAAGUGCUCUAUUCAGUCGCUUAAUCCUUAAUCCGUUUCAAUUUUGCAAGAAUACUCUUCCACAUAGUCGGACUCACAAACUAAAAACAUAUUGGCAUUUCGUAUAGGUCUUAGGACUGCUGUGUUGGUGAGUCAAAUUAAGAAAUAACGCAAUUUUCGACGUAAAUAGUUAUUUUUGAAGUAACGCGUUACUUUAAAAGUAACGAACUACUUUUAAAGUAAAGAAGUUACUUUCAAAGUAACGAAGUUACAGUAACGCGUUACUUUCCAAUAAGUAACGGAAAUAAAGUUAUCAUUAUUCGAAAGUAACUGUAAAUUUUAAGUAACGAGUUAUUUUUAAGCAAAAGUAACUGUAAAGUAACGCGUUACUUUUUUCAAGUAACGAUCCCAGCUCUGCUUUAAGGUGAUGGUUUAUCAUAGAAUAAUGAGGUUUGAACAGUUAUUCUUGGAUUUUUUUACACUAUAGCAUUAAUUUUUGGCGCACACCCCCUUUAAGAAGGAUGUAAUUAUAAUUAUAGAGGAAUUCGUAUUACUAGGUUUGCCUCAUAAUAAUUGUAAAGAUCUUCAAAUGACAUGAUAGGAUUGUCAAAUCUAUGUACGUUGUUGUUUGGGUCCUUUUUUCAAAUUUUAAUGAAAAAAAUUUAAGUUGUAUAUCAAUGCUAAACGAUGUAUCAUAAAAUCAAUACAUGAUGGAAAUCAUUUUGUUCUAAUCGAAAGAAUAGCAAUAGGAAUAUUUUCAAUGGAAUUGAAAUUGAACGAUACGCAGAACGUUUGCUGAACAAAAUAAUGAUUUUGCUGUCAAAUUUUUACCAAUUUUUGAGGCAUUUUUAAGUCGUGUACUACAGUGAUUAUCAAAAAUAGCUAUCAGUCUACUUGUGUAAACACUAGUGUAAAAAACUUACAUUUCUAGGAGUUAAUCUCCUUUUGCUACUAAAGGUCGUAGGUGCACCUACACCUAGAGAAUCGUUUUUCCUUAGUAAAGAGUAGUCGUAAAGAUCGCAAGUUUUUGCCAUUAUUUGCCAUCCAUUUUCAGGUUUAUCGCCAACAGUAGUUAACCUCCAUACUAUUUAUUUAUUUUUUUUCAAAUUGAUUUAUAAUGAUCUACAACAAACAAUGGCAACUGGCACUUUAUUUCUGGAAUAUAAAAGUAUAGCUUUUAAUCUUGGUUAUUAAAACUACUUGAAAACGAAGUUUUGAUUAUUAAAGAAAAGCUAGGUAAUGUUUUUUUUAAAGAAAAGAUUAUUGUUUUCGACAAACAUUCCUAUAAUACACUGACCAAAACGAAAAAGGAGCCACUUCUGAACAUGUUCGUAGUUUUUAACGACAUUAUUAUGUCUUUUUUAUUCAAAUAUAGUCUGUUCCAACACGUCAAAAACCGUCCAUGAACGAUUUGGGAACCAAAUUUUGGCCUUUGCGCAGAAUCGUGACGGUACAUUGUAAGGUUUUGCUGCGUUGGAACCUCGGUUGGAACAAAGCUUAUGUGAGAGCAAAUUUACAAACUUGUAAUUUUUUAUUGAAUAAGUAACAAACAAACCGUGAUAAAAACAAUCUUUUUGGUUUCAUAUGGAACUACGUGUCUUAUGGAAAACCGACAAUAUUUUUUUUAAUGCAAUAAAUAAAUUAUUUUCAAAAUACCCCAGAGUAGCUCCUUUUCUGUUUUGAUUACUGUAUAUUUUUUUUUAUACAAUAUUGAUAUUAAAAUUGAGUGAAUGAAUAAUUUGAUGUUCAUUUUAUUGUAAAUACGUUAUUUGAAUUUUUGUGGUACCUGUCUACCUGUAAAUUUUUGUGCUAUAGAAAAUAUUGUACCUUGUUUUGCACAUAAUCUUUUAAAAUGUUUUUUUUUUUAUUUUGUAAAUUAUUUUUUAUUUAAGUUUAGAACUACUUGUUCAUUUUUCUUUUAAAUUAAGCUAAGGUUAUAGUGGAUGAAGUUUCUGACGAACUGCUUUUCGAAUUGUUCGUCAGAUAGCAAUGGUAAUAAUAUAUGCGUAUGUAUUUUGUUCCGAUCAAUUAUUUUUUUGCAGUGCGCCGUUCUUUAACCAAAUUCAACGAUGAAUACCAAUAAUAAUAAAUUUAAAGAAUAUAACCAGUCCAAAGGUAGGAAAAAGAAAAGUCCUUUCUCUCACAAGAAUUUUUUUAAAGUUUACUGGAACCAUGGUUUUGAUGAAGGCCUAGUGCCAGAUUUACCAAUUUUCCGCCGUAUGUGUGUUUAAAAAGGCCGCCCUCAUGUUGGCAGGAGUGGCGCUUGCCUCAGAAAUCUGGGGGGCCAAAAAGAUACAGGACACGAACAGUGGCCUAUGCGUAGCCAGCCUUUUGGGUGGCGGAGGCGGCAAACUCAUAAGGAACGCCAGGAAUAAAUGAAGCCCGCCACCAGACCAGAAAAAUCACCCCAGGUGUCAGGCCCAAACAUGUUUACUUCGAGCCUUCAAAAUUUGUUGUCUGUACUACCUACAUUUUAUUACACUUGGUACACAGUAUUAUGAUCUGUGUGUAUUCUUUUAUUUAUAAUUUUCUUGGUAGGUAUUUGUUUUUUGUGCUUUGUUAUUUGUUAUAUUAUUGUUCAAAUUAUAAAGAUCCAACGCGAAACAGAACCGCGUUUCACGUUGGAUCUUUGGCUUUCUUUUCUUGUGUAUUUUUUAUCUUUUCCUGGUUAUUUUUUGAAAUUUUGCCGCCUUACGCCUGUGCUUAAUUUGCAUAAUAUAGGGAAAUAUGGAACAUUGAAGGGAGCAUAAUCAAAGCUCCCAAAACCGGCAAAUUAAAAUAAUAUUCUUGUGAGAGAAAAAAAGUUUUUCUUGUUCGUAUCUCUGGAUCAUUAUUAAGGCGACAUCGUUGAUAUUCAAUGAAUUAUAAACCCCUUUAUUAACAAUUUUACUUAUAUCUCUGUAUCAUUUAAAUUGACCUCGCUGGUUGCGUCGGCCAUUCUCCAGUUAGAAAUAUGAGAGUGACCACCCCAGCAAAGCUGAUGUUGAAAGACCAUUACCUCAAUACUCUGUAUAGCCAAUAGCCAAAUCAAAAUACUCAAAAAAUUCCAUUGAAUAUAUUUAAUUUUUUGUCAUCCACUAUAAUUGUAGCCUUAGAUUGUAUUAAGCCAAAUUAGCUGCAAAUUAUGUAAAUAAAGCCCCUCUGUAAUAAUA